AUGCAGACUCCCCUGAGACGUCCGACUCCCCAUGGAGCGGACCUGACCAAACGUUGCUUAUACCACCAGAAUUCAGGCCACGACACGGAGGAAUGUGUGACGCUCAGAGAUAAGAUCGAAGAAUUGAUCCAAGCGGGGCGUCUGCAACGGUACAUAAAGAUGAACGCGCCGGACCAAUAUACCGAGAGGCCGUCCAGUCCCAGGUGGACGAGUCCGAGACGAAGCCAUAGGCCCAGGAGCCCCAGAAAGCAAAAAAGAAACACGAACGCGCGGAGUCAUAGGCCCGCGCAGGAUGACCGGCGGGAGAGAAGCCGGAGUCGUAGUAGGGACGGGGAUAGAAGACGACCGUUAAGGGGGGUAAUAAACACGAUAUCAGGAGGAUUCGCGGGAGGAGGACCCACCUCCUCAACACGAAAAAGGAGCAUUCGGACGUUACGGUCUAUACAUGCCGUAGACGUCCCGAAACGAACCAUGCCCCCCAUCACAUUCACGGACGAAGACUUCCACGCACCGGAUCCGGACCAAGACGACCCGAUGGUGAUAACCGUAGAAAUCGCAAGAUACGAAAUCAGCAAAGUGCUUGUCGACCAGGGGAGCUCAGUCAAUAUCCUUUAUUGGAAAACCUUUUCCCAGAUGGACUUAUCUGAAGACCUAAUAGUACCGUACAACGAGCAAAUAGUAGGUUUUGCCAGGGAGCGGGUGGACACAAGAGGGUAUCUUGAUCUGAGGACACGCCUGGGAACCGGAAGGGAGAGCGAGGAAAUGAAGAUAAGGUACCUGCUAGUGGAGGCUAACACAGCCUAUAAUGUCCUACUAGGACGUCCGUGUCUGAACGCUUUCGGAGCUAUAGUGUCCACGCCACAUCUAACCAUGAAAUACCCAACUCACCGGGGAACGAUCUGCACUAUACGGGCAAAUCAGAAAACCUCCCGGGAAUGCUAUGCAGCCGGUCUGCGGAUAUACCCACAGGAAAACCGACGGAAAAUGUCUAGGUCGGAGGUAGCUAUGGCUGAUCUGGACCCAAGGACUAAUACGGAGGACCGCCUGGAACCUCUGGAGAAACGUAGCCCGUCAUGA